AUGCCUGCUCCAACGCCCACGUUUGGGAAUUGUCUUCCCAAGCAAAUCCGAAGAGUUUUACCGGCCUGUCUGGUGCUGGUGCUCCUGGCACUCUUUUUCUCGAGCACCACCUCUUUUGGCAGUCUCAGCGCCGAGAUCUCGUACCACUCGACGUUGGACACUGGCGAGUUUCCGAGAAAGAUCUGGCAGACCUGGAAGGUCGAUCCGUUGGUCUUUGAAGAGAGAGACUUGACCACCGCCCGAACCUGGACCUCGAAGAACCCAACCCACCGGUACGAGGUCCUGACGGACCAGAACGACCUCUACUAUGUCGAAACCCACUUUGGACCUAAUGGCUUCAACCGGCCCGACAUUGUCUACACAUACAAGUCGUUGGCAGCCAAGAUCAUCAAGGCCGAUCUUCUGAGGUAUCUCGUCAUGUACGUCGAAGGGGGCGUCUACACCGACAUUGACGUCGAAGCGCUCAAGCCCAUCGACCGCUUCAUCCCCAGCCGAUACAAGGAGAAAGACAUCGACAUGGUCAUCGGGGUCGAGGUCGACCAACCCGAGUACAAAAACCACAGUAUCCUGGGCACCAAAUGCCAAUCGUUUUGCCAGUGGACUUUUAUGGCCAAACCCCGACUUCCGGUCAUGAUGAGGCUCAUCGACACUAUUCUGAAAUGGCUGUAUGAGGUGGCCAAGAAACAAGGCAAGUCCAUCUCGGAGAUUGAGCUGGACUUCGACGAGGUCAUCAGUGGCACCGGCCCCUCGGCCUUCACCAGCGCCAUCCUGGCUGAAAUGGCGGCCAGGUCGGGGGAGGAGGUGCAGUGGGACUGCUUCCACAACCUGGGCGAGUCGAAGCUGGUGAGCGGCAUUCUCGUCCUCACCGUCGAAGCCUUUGCGGCGGGUCAAGGACAUUCUGACUCGGGCAACCACAAUGCGAAGACGGCGCUAGUGAAGCACCAUUAUCAUGCUUCAGGAUGGCCGACCGCCCAUCCGCGGUACAACCAUCCCGUGUAUGGGGAGGUGGAGCGAUGCAACUGGGAGGCAGAGUGCGUUGCAGCGUGGGACGCGAACAAGGCUGCGUUCGAAGCCCUGUCGCCGGAGGAACAAGAGCUGCAAAUUGCCUUGAGACAGGCUGCAGAGGGUACAAUCGCGCCUCCACAAGAGGCCCAAAUCAUGCUACCGUAA